AUGGUCCGCUACGCCCCCGCCGAACGAAUUCCCAGUGCCCGCUCGGCUCGAAGCCGUGGCAGUUAUCUGCGAGUCAGUUUCAAAAACACCCGUGAGACUGCUCAAGCCAUCAACGGAUGGAAACUCGAUCGCGCCCUCCAAUACCUCGAAAAUGUCAAACAACUCAAGGAGGCUGUGCCAAUGAGAAGAUAUGCCGGUAGCACUGGACGGACCGCACAAGGCAAACAAUUCGGUGUCUCAAAAGCGCGCUGGCCUGUCAAGUCGGCUGAGUUCCUGUUGGGUCUGCUCAAGAACGCCGAGGCCAAUGCCGACACCAAGGGUCUGGACACCUCAAAACUCAUCGUCAAACACAUCCAAGUCAACCAAGCACCGAAGCAGCGACGUCGCACAUACCGUGCCCACGGCCGUAUCAACCCGUACAUGUCCAACCCAUGCCACAUCGAGUUGAUCUUGACGGAAGCUGAGGAGGCCGUGUCCAAGGCCGAGGAGUUGGGUGUUGCCAAGGGAACAAGAUUGUCCACCAGACAGCGAGCUGCUCGGAGACAGAAGGCCAUCACGGCGGCAUAA